GUUCCUUUUCUUGAUUGACAGAUUUAUCUUUUUCUUGAAGAACAAGAUGAUUCGGUUACCUAAUCGAAAUAUCGGUUGAUUUAGAACGGGUUUAUCGGGAACGGGAAGGGAUUUUCCUUUCUUAGAACACUUAACCAAAGUGGCGACGUUCACAAUGCCCUCCCGGAGUGCUAUUAAGAUGUUACACACUCACGUCGAUUAACACCAGUCGGGACCGGGCAAGCCGAAAUAGUUCACUAAAGUAUCAAUUUUAUCAAUUACAUCAGUGUUGUGACGUAUCAAUUACUAAUUUUUAUAAAAAUGGCUCGAAUGGAUAUUCCGGUUGUGGAUAAGUGCUGCUUUGUGUUGGACUUGAAGACAGGAUGUAUGAUCCUGGGAAUUGUAAAUUCCAUCCUAACAUUCGUCCUGGCAGUGAUCCUCAUAACUUUUGCGGUCGAUAUCAAGGAAGUGUGGGACUCGAAGCGAGAUGACGUCGACGUGGGCACGUACUCCGUUGUGUACACCAUCGUCGUCUUGCUCGUCGUGAUCCUGUUCGUCAAGUUUGUGCUUGAUUUGCUAUUCGUCUGGGCUGUCUAUAAGGAAAGGAGUGGCAUAAUAAAAAAGUACUGCAUCUUCUGGAUAGUGUUCCUGGUGCUCCACAUCAUCGCCUUCCUCAAAACGCUGUUCCAAAUGGGAGCUGGCCAUGUGAUUUCACAAAUUCUAUUUUUAGCUGAGAACUUCUACUAUAUAGUUGUGAUCCGGAGCUAUUUAAUAUCAAUCAACGAGGAUGGUGUACUGUAAGCUUGCCUUCGAUCGGCAGCUUCCAUAACUUUUGGACAACCAUGACUGAACAUUGAACCUUAAAAUAUAACCUCAACCGUAAAAGUAUGGAUACAAAGGACAAGGUUAUUACUCUUCGUAUGAGAUUUUACAUCUCACUUCAACGUUCAUCGAAACACGUUCAGCGUUAAAGUAAAGUGGACCUGCCUACUGAUUGGCUAAUUCAGUGUCUAACAUAGAAUAAUAGCUACCGAGCUCAUUUGACAUUUAUUUUUAAUCCAUUGAAGGUUUUCUACGGAAAAAUAUUUUGAAAUUACUCAGUGAAGCAGCAAUGUAGAACCAACCAAUGUCAAAUGAGCUAGGUGGAUUCAAUAUUAGAUACUGAGGUAGCGAAUCAUCCCCAUUGGAUACCUUGUUUUGAAGUUCAAGUUCGUCCAUAAUAUUAAGUAUAAUCAUCUACAGCCAGCGCGACAAGCCGAAACCUUGUGAAAUUGAAAUCGGUGAUACUGAUUUUUUUAACUUUAAAUCAAGGAUCUUCAGGUUCAUUUUAUUCUGAUGCUAUUUAUUGUGUUUCGAUGCUCAUAUUUUAUCAGAUUUAAAUACUUAUACUUACUGAAGCUACUGGCCAUAUGUUUUCUAUGAAUGUAUAUUGUAUGUGUACCUUUAUCUAUAUCAACGAAUCUAAUUGUAUCAAGUAUUUGUAUUUACUCAAACUAAUAAUAGACAGCGAAUGUUCCUAGUUGUUACCUAUGUAUUUAAAUCUGUGUUACACAUCGACGUAUUAAUAGAUAGGUCUAUAAAAAGGUAAAUUACAUACUAUGAAAAUGCGGCCACGAAAAUGAAUACUGAAGAAAUCCGCCAAUCACUUGCGAAAAAUUUCUUCUUCUACGAAAAGUCUUUCUAUUAUUUUUCUGAAGUUAGCUUGCAAGAUUUACCUAACUUUUACUUAAGAUUUAACUCUAACUACCUAGGCCGACGAUAAAAAUGCUGAAUGUCGUGGUAGAAUUUUUAUUUAUCAACCUAAAACAGAACCUACCCGUAAAUGUUAGCGUGUUUAAAAGUUGACCAAAUCAUCUUUUUUCAAUUUUGAAAAUAAUAUUGAUUUUAUGGGCGGGAUUUUACAUCUACAAGGGCCUAUCUAAAUACAUCGAUGGAGUUAUAUAAUUACGUUUUUCAUGGAAAAUAUAUUAUGGUUUUCACAACCAUAAUAUAUUAUAGGUUGUAGUAACUCUAAACUCAAAUAUCUAUCCCUAGUACGAAUUUGCACAUUUCGAAAUGCACAAAUUCGUACUAGGUACUCGUGAGUUUUCCAUUUUCCAUAUUAAGGGUAGAUACACAAUUUUAUUAAUUUGCACACUAUACAAAAUUUUCAGUAGGAUAUCGAAUUCCGUUUACGAAAACUAUACAAGGUCUUAGUUUGAGUUAGAGUUGAGUAAUUAUAUUAUUGUUUGUUUUAUUUAUUAUUAUUAUUUUUCUUUGUGUGCGUACCUACACUAAACUAUUGUUUUUUGUUUAAUUUUUUUUUAUUAUUAUCAUAAGAGAA